AUGAAGCAGCGCUUGAGAACAUGCUGGUCGUAUCUGUGCACUCAAUCACUUCCACCACCCACAUUGCCUCAGCUCGUGGCUGAGCAGCAUGUUUCGAUAUCUCCUAACGAUAAGGACACAAAGAGGUUAAUCGUGGUCCUAUCCAAUGCUAGCUUGGAGACGUACAAGGCGGCCCAUUCCGGCACAGGGCGCAAUGGCGCUCACAAGGACGACAAGUACUCUUUGCUAAACAGUGAUGAACACAUUGGCGUGAUGCGAAAAAUGAACCGUGACAUAAGUGAUGCUCGCCCUGAUAUCACACACCAGUGCCUGCUCACUUUAAUCGAUUCACCAAUCAACAAGGCUGGGAGACUACAGAUUUACAUACACACUGCCAAAGGUGUGCUAAUUGAAGUGUCUCCAUCCGUCCGGAUACCCCGAACUUUCAAAAGAUUUGCCGGACUCAUGGUACAACUACUACACCGUCUCUCAAUACGCUCUACAACAUCACAGGAGAAGCUACUACGCGUCAUCCAGAACCCUAUCACAGAUCAUCUGCCCCCAAACUGUCGCAAAGUUACCCUGAGUUUUGAUGCGCCCCUAGUGCGCGUCAAAGACUACAUCGACACAUUAGGUGAGAGGCACUUUUACCAAAUGAUUCGCGGGUUGGUACUUCGCGUGCCUGACGAUAGUCCUCACCGCAACCCAAAACCGGGCCCUGGCCUCAUCCUAAUCCUAAGGCGAAUCAUGGCCAUACACUAA